UGUUCUGUUAAGCCAGGCAGGAGAGACUCAGGACAGCUGGUGUCAUAAAGUACCAACAAAAACUGUGAUCGCUAUAUAUUUGGAUCUUGGCUACAGCCACAACUGAGAUACACCAUUCCUCAGGUUUUCGGAUGAUUCUGCCCAACUUCCACCACCCUGCAUACCCUUCUUAGUCCCGGGACACUGCAAGAUAUCAGUGUGCCAUUUCUGCCAGAUGGUAGCGGUAAUCCAAUCCUUGGUCGAGAAUAUAUUUUACCAUUUUGACCAGAAGGGCUCUGGAAUUGGUUAUGCAAGUGACAGAUGACUCCACGAUGGAACCAGAAACAAGACCGGACCAGUAUCCUUGCCCAGCCAAAGGUUAACCACCAGCUCCUCUUCUGCAGGCCGACUGUCUACUGGGUAGAUAAAAUACCCAAGGAACAGCCCAGGUUCACCGUUCCAGUCUUAACUUCCAGGCAGGAAGAGCUCUCACAAAUUAAGAAGGUGAAUGCAGACUUCAGAGGAGACAGGCCCACUCCUAUGUGGCCAGUCUCGCGGGCGGCUCUGAAAGUGGAGGCAUCGCCCAGGUUGAGGGAACUGGCACAGCCUCGCCAUUACGCCGACGUCUGGGAAUUAAGCCGGCCCCGGUCUCUGAUGGUGAGUAAAGGAGCCCUGACAGCUACUGCAACGCCACGGAUCAUUGCUCUAGCCGAACCAAAGCAUGUGGCAUCCCCUUCAAGGGAGAUACGUAGAAAAAGCAUCCAUGGUCCCAUUGUUGGAGUGGAAAAAUUUAAUGAACUCUCCAAACCUCGAGUCUACGCCUUUGAGGCCCCCCGUCCACCCAGGAUCUCCAGAGCGGCUCUCGAAUAUGUUCCUAGCCCUCGCAUUCUUGAAAUCAGCCGUCCGAUGAGAGUAAGAGGCAAAGUGUCUCACAUGAUGUAG